AUGAAAAGGGCUGAUAUCAUCACCGGUUGGACCACUUCCUCGUGGGUCAAGUCGUGGCCCAAAUGGUUACCACUGUUGUCACCCCAACUGAAUACCAGUCCUUCAUUGGCUGUUAUAACGUACGAAGAUUUUAAUGACAUGUUUGCCAAUAAAUGCCAAUUGCACCGGGGUAGAAAUAUGGCAAUUAACCACAUCAUCGCACCCGAUCUGACCCAUUUCGUUGCGACCCCAGCCAUACACCCGGCCAUCGCUGGUCAGCGCCAGUGUAUGACUGCAUCCGCACUACGGCUUGUUUUGAGAGCCUGUGUCCGCAGGUCUGGCCAAUUGGCCCCAAUAGUUAGUGCCCCAGCCGUACACCCGGUGCCCGCCUGUGAUGGCUAUUACAAAGUUCAAGCCAUUGGCAAAUUGUUAACCAAUGAAGGACUGGUAUUCAGUUGGGGUGACAACAGUGGUAACCAUUUGGGCCACGACUUGACCCACGAGGAAGUGGUCCAACCGACUAAUCAUUCGAUCAUUAUUAUGAAACCUGAUUUCUGGUGUCGAAACUUUAUACUUACGGCUCAUAUGAUGGAAGUAACCGAUGGAUUGGUAACUAUUCCGAGUCCAUGGGAUCGGAUUAACAUACUUUCGAAGCUUACAUUCAGUUGGUUGUGGAGUCUAUUUAUUCGGGCGCACAAAAAGGACCUCGAGUUCAGUGAUCUCUACCGCUGCCCAAAAUCAGAUGAGACACAUCGGGUCCGACAGAAGCUGCAAAUUGGCGAACUCAUUUAUUCGAAGGAAUUGGGACUGAACUUGUUUAGGCCGUAUUGUAUUGUUUAUUUAGUGAGACAUUUUAACCGUGACCCCAACACUAGCCAGUGGUGGGCCACGUGGGCGGCCGCGGGUAUUGUGUUGGCGUCCAUUGUCCACAUGUUUAUCGAUGACUUGCUGAUACCCAUGUGCCACAGAGUUGGGGUCAGAAUCCGUGCCGCCUGUUGUGCCCUAAUCUAUCGCAAGUCAAUGCGUUUAAGUCAUACAUCACUCGGACAGACAGGUGUUGGCCAGAUAUUGAACAUUAUGUCCAACGAUGUCCAUAGAUUUCAAGAGGAAAUAGUUUGCAUUGGUUUCGCGAUCAUUAUUUAUGGCGCCACUGCAGGCGGCAAUAGUUUUAUACUUAUUGUGGUCACACUUGCGGUGGGCGUGUUUGGCGGGAAUGGGAAUACUUGUGCUGUUUAUACCAUUUCAAGUACUAAUGGGUCGUAUGUUUCGGAGUAUACGUCAAAAGACGGCCGAAUUAACCGACAGUCGAAU